UACAUGGUAUUAGUGUUACCCAUUUGGAAACGAAACCUCCGCUAGAAGAAGAAGAAGAUAAAAGGGGUCGCCUUCGGAAAUGGCGGAUCAGACUAGCAAUUCUUCAGCCAGGGAAGGAAUGGUGACCUAUUGUUACAUCCUUCUUUACAUAGCCCUCUCCAGUGGCCAGAUCUUCUUCAAUAAGUGGGUUUUGUCAUCAAAGGAGAUAAACUUUCCAUAUCCACUUGGGUUGACGCUUCUUCAUAUGGUGUUUUCCUCUGUGCUCUGUUUUGUACUCACCAAAGUUCUCAAGAUUUUAAAAGUUGAGGAAGGAAUGACUCUUGAAAUAUACACUACAUCAGUCAUUCCAAUUGGUGCAAUGUUUGCAAUGACUCUUUGGCUUGGAAACACUGCAUACCUCUAUAUAUCUGUUGCAUUUGCUCAGAUGUUGAAAGCAGUCAUGCCAGUAGCUGUUUUCAUUCUUGGUGUAGCAGCUGGACUUGAAGUCAUGAGCAGUAGGAUGCUUCUGAUAAUGUGUGUGAUAAGUUUUGGAGUACUAGUGGCUUCUUAUGGGGAAAUCAACAUUAACUGGGUUGGUGUGGUUUACCAAAUGGGAGGUGUUGUUGGAGAAGCUUUGAGACUUAUAUUUAUGGAAAUCUUGGUUAAAAGGAAGGGUCUGAAGUUGAACCCCAUAUCCAUGAUGUAUUAUGUGAGCCCUUGCAGCGCUCUUUGCCUUUUAGUUCCAUGGAUCUUCUUGGAGAAGCCAAAGAUGGAUGCACAGGGCACGUGGAACUUUCAGCCGCUCGUGCUAACACUCAACUCCCUUUGUACUUUUGCUCUCAAUCUUUCGGUUUUCCUUGUGAUUCAACAUACAAGUGCUCUGACGAUUCGUGUAGCUGGAGUUGUUAAGGACUGGGUGGUGGUAUUAUUGUCGGCCCUUCUCUUUGCUGAUACGAAGCUCACCAUGAUUAAUAUCUUUGGUUAUGCAAUAGCGAUUGGCGGUGUAGCAGCAUACAAUAACUUCAAAUUGAAAAAGGAAGCAACUCGAGUCAGCAGCAUCUCGGAUGAUUCCAAGUCGUCUUCUAUACCAAAAGCUGCUUCUAGCCAGUAGAAUUUUUUCUUCCAAACAUUGAAGAUUUACAUAGAAUGAGAACUGUGUGUAAUAUAGCAAGCAUGAGUUGUUUUCCUGGUAUGAUCAUAUUAGGAGCAGGUGGUAUGUAAAUCAGUAUGCCACGCAUUACAUGUUGUAAAAUUUGACAUUUUUGAAUUCAGAAGCUUUUUGAUAUAAUAGAAAAAUGGGAGUUAACUGC